AAACCUUUCAAAAUGAACAUAUGCUUGCUUCCCAGGUAGUACCACUCAACAGUAUUCUUUUACUUUCCUUCUUUCACAAAAGCCAUGGAACCCAAGAAGCUCCUCCUCCUCUUCCUCUUCUUUCUUUUCCACUCCGCCUGCCACGUCAUCCUCACAGCCGCCAUCGGCGUCAACUACGGCACAGUAGCCGACAACCUCCCGCCCCCGUCCCAGGUCGCCACCUUCCUCAAGACCAAGACCACCAUCGACCGCGUCAAGAUCUUCGACACCAACCCCGACGUCCUCCGCGCAUUCGCCAACACCGGCAUCGCCGUCACCGUCACCGUCGGUAACGGCGACUUCCCGCCCCUCGCCAAGCUCCCCGCCGCCCAGUCCUGGGUGGCCGACAACAUCCUCCCCUUCUAUCCCCGCACCAACAUCAACCGAAUCGCCGUCGGGAACGAAAUCCUCGCCACGUCGGACAAGGACCUCAUCGCGCAUCUCCUGCCGGCUAUGAAGGCGCUCCACUCGGCUCUCAACCUCGCCAACAUCACCGCCAUUCAGGUCUCGACACCUCACUCGCUCGGCAUACUCGCCCCCAACACGGGCCCACCGAGCCAAGGACAGUUCCGGACCGGCUACGACAAGAUCUUGGAGUACCAUCGCCAGACCAAAUCGCCGUUCCUCGUCAACCCGUACCCGUUUUUUGGUCUCUCACCCGAUACGCUCAACUACGCGACUUUCAGGCCAAACGGCGGCGUUUUCGACAAUGCCACCGGCAUGAACUACACCAACAUGUUCGACGCCCAGAUGGACGCGGUUUUCUCCGCGAUGAAGAAGGUCGGGCAUGAAGACGUGGAUCUAGUAGUCGCCGAAACCGGGUGGCCCUCCGCGGGUGACCCGAACCAACUCGGUGUCAGCUUGGAAAACGCGGUGUCGUACAACGGGAACCUCAUCCGCCACGUUAGAUCCGGGAAGGGCACGCCGUUGAUGCCGAACAGGACGUUCGAGACUUACAUUUUCGCGCUGUUCAAUGAGAACCUGAAGCCCACGCUGUCGGAGCAGAAUUACGGGCUGUUCAAACCCGACCUCGACCCGGUUUACGACGUCGUGCUCUGCGUCUCUGACACACUGCGUCCCAGCUUUUUCAAAAAUGAGUCGGUGCUUACGACAAAGCUUUUACGCGUCGUUGUCGUUUUGUGUGUAUUGACCGUGCGUUUCAUAUUUAUCUAAUUAGGCACAGGGCCCCACAUCCGGCCCGGCAUCAGGCUCAUCAGCGAGUACAGCAACAGGCCCAGCAGCGAUGGGUCCCACGCGCGAUGUAGUUGCGCAACCACCGUCGUCGACGGGUAAGAGGUGGUGCGUGCCGAAACCGAACGCUACCGAGGCGACGCUGCAGAAGAACAUAGACUACGUUUGCAGCAGCGGAGUGGACUGCAAGCCCAUACAGAAUGGUGGGCUACAUUUGUAGUGGGGACUAUAAUUCUAGAGGUGGCGAUUGUUGGCCAUUUUUUGGGUGCUAGGGCAUGAGAUUUGAAGCUCAUAGCUAGUAAUUAUCUAGGGUUUGCACCAUUAAGAUGUUAUUUAAGGUGCACUGAAUUUUUCACAUAUAUAAUAACGAGUUUUAUGUCUGUGCCUGUAA